UCAAAAACUGCUAGAAUACCAUUAAACAUCAGGGAUGUACUUCAAGUAUUUUACAAACAAAUUAUAAUUAAACAUAAUUCGUGAUUUUUUUUUAAUCAGUAAAGUUUUGAAAUUUCAAAAAAUUAAUGAACAAUUCUAAAAGAGUAUAGUGACCCAUUGCAAAAGCAGGCAGAUAUUAAAAAUAACUCUAAUUUUAAGCAUCAAUAUUGAAGUAAACAAAAGAAAAACACAAUUAUUCUAUGAAAAAUGGAUAAUUCAAUAGUUAAAAUAGAAUCUACUAAUGAUAUUUAUUGUCGAGAAUGUGGAGAAAUCUUCAAAGAAUGGACAGAAUUCCUCAAUCAUCGAGAAAUUUCCCAUAAUCUCUACACCUGCAAAUCAUGCACAAAAGAGGAGACAUCUCUACUGGAUUUUGAGCACCAUCUUCAAAUUCACGGUGGAUUGAAGUUAUUUAAGUGCAUAAUUUGCAAUGAACACUUCUCUUUUCUCUCUGAACUCAAUGAUCACCUUCCCAGUCAUAUGCCUGGUUUUAUCGAAUCAAAAGAACUCGGAAGUACGGAUAGUAAGCAUCCAUUAUUCUCAAUCGUUGAAGUUAAAACAGAAAAAAAUGACGAUGAUGGAAAUAAUUUUGAUUGUAAUGAUUUACCGGAUUUACCACAAACGGAUACAAAUGUACAAGAUAAUUUUACAGAAACAAUGAAGAUAGAUAAGAAGAAGACAAGGGAAGGAAAACGAAAAGGAUCUUCUAAAAUACCAAAAUUGACGAUUGUGCCAGAAUUCAAACUUAACACUUUUCAAAGGGAUCCCUGUGAGGCUACUCCUCUCGUUGCCAAACAGCCAGUCAAAAGAAAAUGUGGACGACCGAGAAAACCUAUUGAAGAAUUACCUAAAAUAUUUAAAUGUCCUCAAUGUCCAUACAUCACGAAAACCAACACAAAUCUCAAACUUCAUAUACGAACGCAUAGUACGGAAAAACCAUUUGAAUGUGCUCUCUGUGGAGUUAAAUACAAAGUAAUGUUUAGCUUAGAAAGUCACAUGCUAAUGAAACACAAUCCGUCAAAGAAGAAGACAGAAAUUUGCAGUAUUUGCGGAAAGGGUUUCUACAUGCUCCGAAGAUUGCAAGUACACAUGAAAAUUCACCAAAGCCAACGUGAAAGAUAUCCAUGUACUGUAUGUGGCAAAACCUAUUCCAUGAAGAAUUCAUUGAAUCUUCACAUGGAGAAACAUCCAACUGAUAAGCAGGAGAGAUAUCCUUGUCCCAAAUGUGAAAAAGUAUUUGAAUUUCGUCAAUCAAUGAUGUACCACUAUCGAAGACAUUUUGAACAAAAGAAAUUCGCCUGUGAUUGGGAAUCAUGCAAUUAUCGAACAAGAAUUCAAUCAUUGCUCCUGGUUCAUAAGCGAACACACACAGGAGAAAGACCUUUUGCAUGUAGCAGAUGUACUUCUGCAUUUGCAACUAAUAAGGCUCUGAAGCAUCACAUCAUGCAAGUUCACGAACCUCCAACUCUUCAAUGCAAAUUUUGCGAUAUGGUCUUCCAUAUUAAGCCCAGUCUUAAUUCUCAUCUACGGAGGGUUCACUUUGAAAGGACAAUCCCAUGUCCUGUAUGCAACAAGAAAUACGGGAGCAAAGGAGAUGUGACCAGACAUAUGAAAGAUAGUCAUUCCGGGCACAAAGUACCCAAGAAAAAGUUGAUUGCUUCACAAAAAAUACUAACUCCGCUGUAAAUAUAUUUUCAAUUAUUAUAUUAUUUGUCCUAAAUAUGUAAAAUAUUCUAAAUCUAUUUAGUAUCGUCUGACUGUUGUAAAAUAUGUUACUUUUUAGCUAUUGAAGUAAAUAAUUUAGUUGUAAUUUCAGAGACUAUCAGAGAAUGAAUUAAACUUUUAUCACACAUAUUAAUUUGUAAAUGAUCUUUCUGGAAAUAAGUGAUUUUGAGAUAGAAUAAUACUACAAUGGAAGAAAAAUGACUUAUUCUGAAAAUUUAUGUACAUGUGCCAGGUUUAUUAAUAAAAUAAAUAAAAUUAUUCAUCAUAAA